UUGAAGUUUUAUCAGAGCGAAAAGAAAGUGAAACGUUGUACAUAUCUAUCAAGGUCGCAGAGAUGCUUAUUCAUAUCGCUUAUUUACUUCUUAUUGGCGGAGUAACAUGCUUGAAACGCCAAAAUGCUGGCAGUACUGCAGCUGAAUUGAAUGAAUUUAAUAAGAACUUAAACAAGAAUUUCCAAGAGUUGGACUAUGACAAUAACGGACUUGUUGAACUGGUGGACUUUGAAAACCGCAUUCAAAGACAAGACUAUGAUAAGGAUGGCUGCGUUAGCUUUCAUGAGUUCUUAAGGAUACGACAGCACGAGUCUCUUAAGUUUGCAUGGUCAGUGUUUAACCACUUUGACCAUGAUCAUGAUGACUGUUUGGAAGUGCGAGAUGAGAUUGAAGAAUUUCAUGAAAUUGAUAUCAACCCAAAAGAUGGAGAAAUUUCUAUUCAAGAACUGGACUCUUAUUAUGACAAGCUCUUCGAGAAGAUUAUGGUGUACCUCCACACUCCUUAGAGAACGAACAUACUGAAAUUAAUGUUUGUUUAAAACUGAAUCAAUCAGUUUGAAAUAAAUUUCAGAGACCU